UUUCAAGUAGUAAAGGGAACAAAAGCAACAAUCGAACAACUUAAAACCUCAAAUCAACGCCAAACAUUACAGCACACCACAGCAUAGCCUCACCAUCAUGUCUUUUCCGGCACCACAACGUACAUCGUACACUGUCCUAAACCAAACCUUUCAAGUUGAUUCAGGAUAUGAAGUGACGAAAGAACUUGGUGCGGGUGCAUAUGGUAGCGUUUGUGCUGCAACACAUAAAGCAAGUGGAGAAAGUGUAGCUAUCAAAAAGAUCACAAACGUUUUCACCAAAAAGAUUCUUGCCAAAAGAGCAUUACGAGAAAUUAAACUUUUACGUCAUUUUCGUGGUCAUAAAAAUAUCACUUGCUUAUACGAUAUGGACAUCAUCGAUCCUGUUGGAUUUAACGAAGUUUACCUUUAUGAAGAAUUGAUGGAAGCCGAUCUACAUGCGAUCAUUCGUUCAGGUCAACCACUGUCCGACGCUCACUUUCAAUCGUUCAUCUAUCAAACACUUUGUGGAUUACGUUACAUUCACAGCGCAAGCGUUUUACAUCGUGAUUUGAAACCGGGAAAUUUACUCGUCAAUGCUGAUUGUGAAUUGAAAAUUUGCGAUUUUGGAUUGGCACGCGGAUUUGCAACAGAUGCAGAAUUGGCAGCAAAAGGAGCGGCAGGUGGAGGAUUUAUGACAGAAUACGUUGCUACUCGUUGGUAUCGUGCACCGGAAAUUAUGUUGAGCUUCCAGAAUUAUACUACGGCAAUCGAUAUUUGGUCAGUAGGUUGCAUCUUGGCAGAGUUGUUGGGCGGUAAACCGAUCUUCAAAGGAAGAGAUUAUGUCGACCAACUCAAUCAGAUCCUGCAUUAUCUAGGUACACCUAGUGAGGAGACCUUGGUUCGUGUAGGAAGUCCAAGAGCACAAGAGUACAUUCGAUCCCUUCCCUUCAAGCCUAGGAUUCCCUUCCAGAACUUGUACCCUGCCGCAAACCCGCUGGCCUUGGAUUUGCUAGAGAAGAUGUUGGCAUUUGAUCCCGCAAGACGGAUCACAUGCGAUGAAGCAUUGCGACAUCCGUAUCUAGCCGUUUGGCAUGAUCCUGCCGAUGAGCCAAUCUGUCCCACCAAGUUCGAUUUCGGAUUCGAAGAUGUUGAGGAUGUGGAAGGAAUGAAACAUUUGAUCUUACGGGAAGUGGCAAGCUUCCGCGAAGAAGUACGAGGAAGAGCAAGAGCUCCACAACCACGUCGUCAAGAGACACUGCCGAUCCCAUCCAGAGAGGAAAUUCAAGCUUCUAGCCCGACUGAUAAUCAACAAUCAUUCUUGGGCGCAUCUUCGGGCUUGGUACAUGGAGGAACGGCAAGUGAGGUGGUUAGUGGACAAUUGACAGAUGCACAAAUGAUGGAAGAUCCAAGUGAAGCUUUUGAACGUGAAAUCGCAGGGCCUCGGUAAAGGUUUUUCUUUUCAAAGCAAAAAAAAUGACAUUCUCAUACCCCCUUUUUCAUACUAUACAUUAAAACCUGUCUUUUUCUUUCUGGCAGAGAUGCUGAGAA